AGUUUUGGCAUUGUUACAAAAUUGUUGUGGAAAGCUUAUUAGACAAUCUAAUGUAAUGAAUAAUCCGUGGCGAGAAAUGGGCUUUAUUGCCAAGCGAAGGCCGAAAGUUCAUUUGAAAAUCGUGCAGAUCAAGAAGCGCCUAAACAAAACAACACAAAAGUUUAAAGAGAAUCGAGAGAAACUAAUCGAGCUGAAAUUAAGAAAUCGCAUUAAGAAAUUGGUAAUCGAAGAGCUGGAAAACAAAGUGAAUCAAAUAGAACUCUGGAGAAGGGGAAAACAAUUAAAAAAUAGAAAAUCAUCAAAAACAAUCCAAUAAUUAAUAUUUGAAAUCGCAUAAUACGUAUCGCAUAAUAGGUAAAUGUAAGGAAAUUUAUAUAAAAUAUAAAUUCACAAAUAAGACAUAACCAAUAUCAAAUUUUAAGGAAAAUUUAAGAAGCCAAAUUAAAGCAACUUUACAACUUUAAGCAAAGCCAAAGUCCCUGGAAAGCCAAAUCAAUUUCCUUUCAUUUUUUCCUUUUGCCACUGCACUCUGACUAUGAACAUUUUCAAAUAAACUUUCGUAGGGCAGCCGCCGCCACAAAAUCAUAUUCAAACUGCGCUCAAUAAAAAUCAAAGCCACUGAAGAAUCAUCGCAUUGGAAACACACAAACGCAAUAUUCGUCGAAAUCCAGGGCAAAUGGAAACUUGCACAGCAUUAAUAAAUAUUUACAGGCACGUCGCGUCCUCGUCGACGAAAUGGCCUACUGGGCAGUUCCAGUCUCGGUCUCAGUUCUGGCAAUGAAAUCAAAUCAAAUAUGCGCGCUGACGCUUUAUAUAUCGCGCCGAGGCGGCAGCAGGAUGGCUCGCUUUGGUGUGCUCACAAGAAUUUAAAUCAUCCGACUUACAUGCUACUUACAAGCCAAAGCGCCUAUAUGUAUGCCCCAUAAAAUGUGAGCAAGACUGAGGGCAAGAGUGGGCAAAAGUGCAAAAGAUGAGACGAGACACUGAACAAAAAAGCAGUUUCAGAAGUUAUAAAGUAGGAUGCAAGUAUAAUGUACUGGUUAGUGUAAAAAUUAACUACAAUAACCAAAGAAAAGUAAACUAAAUGUUACUCAUUUAGAUAGUGUAACAAAAAAAAUAAUAUGAACCAAGAAUAGAAAGCUAUUUGCUUACUUAUUUAAAAAUUAUUUGUUGCAUAUA